CAGCCGUCAGCAGGAACACUUACUCCAGCCAGAGCAGAUUCCCUCCGCGUUUCUGUGACUGUCGCUGGAUGAAACCCUUCAGAGCCACAGGAAAAGUCGAGCUGUGAUAGAAGUGAGAAUUUGAAGGAUCCGGAGGAAGUGAGUAAAGCCUAAGUCAUGGCGACAAUAGGGGAUUUCGAUCCGCUCAACUCCACCGUACCUGCGACCAAGAUAGAGAUCACCGUCUCCUGCAGAAACCUGUUGGACAUGGACACCUUCUCUAAGUCAGAUCCAGUGGUGGUGUUAUACGUCCAAGGCCUGGGGACCAAGGAGUGGAGAGAGUUUGGUCGGACAGAGGUGAUCGAUAACACACUGAACCCAGACUUUGUGAGGAAGUUUGUCCUUGAUUUCUUCUUUGAAGAGAAGCAGAAUCUCCGCUUUGAUGCGUACAAUGUGGAUACCAGGAGCUCCAACCUUUCCAAACAUAAGGACUUUCUGGGUCAGAUGUUCUGUACGCUGGGGGAGAUCAUCGGCUCGACAGGUAGCAGGCUGGAACGGACGCUCUCUGGGAUACCUGGGAAGAAAUGUGGAAGCAUCAUCUUUACAGCCGAGGAGCUCAGUAACUGCAGGGACAUCGCCACCAUGCAGCUGUGUGCCAACAAACUGGAUAAAAAGGAUUUCUUCGGCAAGUCUGACCCUUUCCUCGUGUUCUACCGGAGCAACGAGGACGGAACGUUCACAAUCUGCCAUAAGACUGAGGUGAUCAAGAACAAUCUGAACCCUGUCUGGCAGCCGUUCACCAUCCCUGUCCGAGCGCUCUGUAACGGAGACUAUGACAGGACAGUCAAGGUGGACGUAUACGACUGGGACCGAGACGGGAGUCAUGACUUUAUCGGAGAGUUCACCACCAGCUACAGAGAGCUGUCCCGAGGGCAGAGCCAGUUCAAUGUGUAUGAGGUUUUGAAUCCUAAAAAGAAAGGCAAGAAGAAGAAAUACGUCAAUUCAGGAACGGUGACACUGCUGUCUUUCAAAGUGGAGUCAGAAUGCACAUUUGUUGACUUCAUCAGAGGAGGGACACAACUCAAUUUCACCGUGGCUAUCGACUUCACAGCAUCCAACGGUAACCCGUCCCAGCCCACCUCCCUGCAUUACAUGAGUCCGUACCAGAUGAAUGCGUACGCCAUGGCUCUGAAGGCUGUGGGGGAGAUCAUCCAGGACUACGACAGUGACAAACUCUUCCCGGCGUACGGCUUUGGAGCUAAACUGCCUCCGGAUGGCAAGAUCUCCCACGCUUUCCCAAUGAACUCAAACACAGAGAACCCAAACUGUGUGGCCAUCGAGGGUGUGCUCGAGGCUUACUUCCAGAGCCUGAGGACGGUCCAGCUGUACGGACCCACUAACUUUGCCCCGGUCAUCAGCCAGGUGGCUCGGUGUGCUGCAGAGGUGACAGACGGCUCCCAGUACUUUGUGCUGCUGAUGAUCACAGAUGGCGUCAUCUCAGACAUGGAUCAGACCAAAGAGGCUGUAGUGAAUGCAGCCGGCCUGCCCAUGUCCAUCAUCAUAGUAGGAGUGGGCCCUGCUGAGUUUGAUGCGAUGGAGGAGCUGGAUGGAGAUGAGGUGAGAGUGUCCUCCAGGGGGCGCUUUGCUGAGAGAGACAUCGUCCAGUUUGUUCCUUUCCGGGACUACAUCGAUCGCUCUGGGAACCAGGUCCUGAGCAUGGCCCGGCUGGCUAAAGACGUCCUGGCAGAGAUCCCCGAGCAGCUGCUGUCCUUCAUGAAGACCCGGGGGCUGGAACCCCGGCCCCCUCUGCCCGCCGCCUCAGACUCACCCUCAAUGUCCACUACAAUCCCAGCCCCCAAGCAGAGCAAAAAGCACGCCUGAGAGCCGGCAGAUUCACAGAGAGUAGCUAGUGUGUUAGUGUGUACAUGUGUGUGUUGCAUGGUUUCAGGGUUGUUGACAGGAAAUGAGUCAGGAUUUUGAAGAUCAUACUUGGAAGUGGUAAACUACCAGAGAUGUUGGAGGGAAGAAUUCCUCCAACUGGAAUCAUAGGAAAUGCACUUCUGAUCCUUCUAACAUUUGAGAGUCUGACUUUUAUCAGCACCGAUCAGAAGGCGCCCCCUGCAGGUGAAACACACAACUUUGCAAUUACACACAAACUGCAUUUAUAUCAAAGGCUUCAAAUGUAGUUAGCAAUUUUCCCUCAUUCAUCAAUUACAUUUCUAAUGUUUGACAAGAAGCAUUACCAAGCUUUUUGCUGUCACAACUCCUCCUGCAGAGGUCCAGUUCCUGCUCACAGUGAAAGACUGUCUGCUGUACGAUGAAUCCUGAAGGAGCUACCAGUUGAGUUUAUCAGUUGUAAAGAAAGACAGCAGGGGGCUGGGGUCCUCUCCUUGUUUGUUUCUUCUCAGGGCAUUUUAGCAACAGUAUCAGCAGGUCCGAAACAGAGGAGCAGUCGAGUUGGAUCCUGUCCUGUUAUGGCAUCAGACCACUUCUUUCACCGCUUCAUGAACAUGCUGCAUAUAUAUCUAUGCUAAAAAAGUUUUUUUAUGUAAAGGGAGGAGAAUGUCCUGCAGUUUGAGGUCAACUUUAGAUACUGUGCGCCAGAAUAUUCAAAAUAAUCCCACUUGGACACACGGGGCAAGAAAGAUGCCAUGAAAUUGUGUGGGGAUGGAGAACAGACUGGAACAUACCGUGCACUGCCAGCCUCCACUUCCUCCAGCCACCGUAACAUUUACAAUUUUGGGAGGCACCGACUUCUCCAGCCCCGGUGAUGAGGCUGAACAAUGCCUCUGCUUCUGAACCUGGCUGGAGAAUGUUCCUGUUUAAAGUGGGUUAGUGCACAUUUCACAGGUCAGAUAUGUAGCAGAGAAUGUGUGUCACCUUUCAUUUUGUUCAGCAGGCACCGACAAAAAGAGUGAGGAGAGGUUUGAUAUGUAGCGCUGAAAUUCACUCUGCCUGACUGCUGUUGGACUGACGCUUCAGUUUGAUACAUGGCUGCUUUUCUCUUCAGCUACUGUCGAAACAGACUGAUUUAAGUGAAUGCUCACAAAUUGGUUUCAUUUUUGAUAAGUCUUUCAUUGUGUUAGAUAGGGAUUCAAGCUAAAAUGAAGCGGUGUUUCAGUAGAAACCCCAAAAUCAUUUGACUUUAACAGGCUCUCUGUUCCUCACAUACACAAACAAUGUCUUUAUCUGACCUGUGCUACUUGGAUAGGCAGAAUUACAGGAAAUAAAACGUUUUGGAGGUCUGUAAAGCUAAUAAUUACAAACAUAUUCAACAGGAUUCGUCAGCUUAUUGUAUCAGAAAGGAAACGGAUAUGUGGCCUUACUUCUGUCAUAAUCCUUACAGGAACGGGUGAUGGAGGACUCUAUUUUUAUAUGAUAAAACAUUAGUUCUAUGUUAUUUGCAUGCUUAUUUGGCUAAUAUGCUGCCAAUGAUGUUCUGUAUUUUAUUCAUAUCCAAAAAAAGACUUCAGACUACAUUCCGACAUGUUUCUGUGCAGGACAGCUCUGUUUCUGUGGUGUGAUCAUGGAGACACAUGAGCAGUAGGAUAUGUUUGUGUCACAGUGUUUAAUAUAUGCAUGCAUGUGUUAUGGUCCGCACCAACCCAAAGUCACAAAGCGUAUGGGACUCUUUUGUAUGGAGCAUGUUAUAAACAGUGUGCAGUAUUAGUUUAUUGAACACACUGACAGACAACAUUCUGCUCACUAGUUGUGUGUCCAUACAGCCUAACAUGUAAAUACAUCUAAAGUAAUGCACAGGAUAUUUUGUAAAGUCUUCCUCCCUUCCGUUUUGUUCUUCUCUUAUUCUCUAAAUAUGUACAUGUUAUUUUUGUCACUA